AUCACCAUAUAUAAAGACCUCUAUGUGCAUCUCAUUUUCUUAUCAACCUUAAAUCAUCAACAAAAUCAUAUCUUCCUCUCCUCUCUUCAAAUCUUGGAGGAUAUUCAGAUAUAUACAACAAUGGCGAUCCGGAAUCUCCUCGUGAUCUCGCUUCUCGUCUGUUCUUUGAUCGGGACGAGCCGUGGAGCGGGCAAAGAGAAGCUCUUCACCGACCUCCAGCACACGCUCGCGGUCACCGCUAAACCUAGCAGGCAAGGCGUUCUUGACCCGGGGAAGGACAAGGUGAGCGUAACGUGGAGGCUGAACUCCACGGCCGCUCCGGGAAGCGACUCGGACUACAAGACGGUCGCCGUGAAGCUGUGCUACGCGCCGGUGAGCCAAGUGGAUCGGCCGUGGCGGAAGACAUCGAACGAGCUCUUCAAGGACAAGACCUGCCCUCACAACAUCGUGUCUCGCCCCUACGACGGGACCCCCCAGUCUUUCGACUGGACCAUCGAGCGUGACAUCCCCACCGCCUCGUACUUCGUCCGAGCCUACGCUCUCGACAGCAAGGGCGAGAAGGCCGCGUACGGACAGAGUACGGACGCUUCGAAGUCAGCGAAUCUAUUCAGCGUUCAAGCAAUCAGCGGACGCCACGCGUCACUGGACAUCGCUUCCAUCUGUUUCAGUGUCUUCUCCGUCGUGGCUCUCUUUGGCUUCUUCGCCAACGAGAAGAGGAAGGCCAAGUUGGAGCAGAGCAAAUGAGCUUUUUUUCAAGUCUUUGUGUGUUUGGUCGUGAACAACGACGGCGUUUACUUUGACUUAUCUUGUCUUUUUUUUGCAUGUUUAAUUUGGUUUUCCUUUUACUUUGUUUUUGUGUAAUAUUAUGUUAUUUUGUAUUCGAAUCCACGAAUCGUACGCUAUAUGUACUUAUACGUAUUACAAUUCAAACCCGUUGAAGAAAACAAAAUAAUUUUUGUAUAA